AUGUCGAUAAUAACGGGGAUACUAGGGGCAAUCACGUUGACAAGUCCUGAGCCUGCUAGCUCGAAACGUCUGGAAAAGAAGGCUGUUGGCAAUUUGACUGAUCGCAGAAGCUCCUCUCUGCCAUCCAAUCCGUACGCGCAGGCGUUAUCCUUGAUACGAGCGGGAGAGUGGAGCAAGCUCACCAGCGAACUCUGCAAGGCGUAUCUGCGGUACUACGGCCUGCGGCCGAGCAACUCGAAGGCUGACCUGAUCAGCCGCAUUCAUAGGCAUUACGAACUCAAGGACGUUCAGUCAGCCAAGCGCCAGUACCCACGCGCGUCCUUCUUCAUCGAUUGUACAGGUGAUGUUUGCAGAAACGACAUUGUUUUCUUCAAUCAGCGAGUAUCCACGGGGUCAGUCCCAAGGAAUGAGAGGAAGGCAACGCAUGGAGGGUAUCGGUCAGUGGCAGGGAGAGUGGUCAGUGAGAGCUACGGUGUGAAGAAGCAGCAGCACACAUUCACUGUGGAGGUUAUUUGGAGCUCUGGCUUGCAUGCGCUGGCUCCAAUGACGCAGCUUUUUGUGAAGGGAAGAGUACUGUACAGACAUAAGACAUUCCGACAGAAAUGGCCCAAUGAGGCAGAUCGAGUGGCAGCCAUUGCAGAGAAGCAUGCGAGGGGAGACGAGGCCCGCAGCAUGCGGGAGAAGCGGCUCGCAAACAGGCCAUUACAAGUCAGGGACCCCAUGGCCGGUCAAGCCAUCCCAGCCCUGCCAGCAGCAGGGGUAGGAAACGCCCACGGUGUGAAAACAGGUGGACGCCGAGGAAAAGGCGGACCAGCAGCAGGUCUAGGCUUCCAAUACAGUGAACAGGACUUGCACUGCAUGGUGAAGGAAGUCUGUUGCUUGACAUAA